UUCGGCCAUUCGAAUUCAGGUUCGGGAGUCCUCUUCAGCGUACACGCUCCAGAAAAAUUGUUGCUUCGGAGAGCCGUUGGUAUCCGAACCUACGGGAUGCAUUUGGUUUCGCCAUUUCUCCCUUCUUUCGUCCAUCUUCACUUCUUCUGUCUGCAAUCCCACCGCCUUUUCGCUUGCUCGCAUUUCUCUCGUCUGCUAAAGAAGAAUCCUAGGGUUUCGGCUUCGCCUCUCGUCUUCAUCAAAAUUACACGAGAAGGGAUUGCGUCCUCUUCUGAUUCUGAACGCUUUCGCGCGCGAUUCGGCUUUCAGCUCUUCUUGACCGGUUCAUAUCUCGCUCGGGCAGUAGCAAGCCCCUGGAUUCCACUCGGAGAGGGUUUCGUGGCAGUGUGGCGGACGAAAAUGAAAGGCGAAAGGACGGUGAAGAGAGCCUCGUUCGGUCUCGCGCCGAGGAAGGCUUUGUCUGACAUCACCAACUCGCCGCUGCGAGCCAAAGCGCCCUGCAACGACGGGAAGCAGCUCCAGCUCUCGCCGGCUACCAGAGAUUAUGUGAAUCAGCUUCUCGAGGAGAAGAUGGCAUUGAUCAAAGUUAUCGAAGAGAGGAAUAAAAUGAUCGAACUGAGUGGGGCCGAGUUGCAGAAACUUCGAAUCAGUUAUCAGAAGAUCCAGCUGCAGAAUUGGAAUCUUGCUCAAACCAACAGUCAAAUGUUAGCUGAGCUCCAAUCUGGAAGGGAAAAGCUAAGAAUACUCCAACACGAGCUUGUAUGCAAGGAUACUGUGAUCAAAGCAAAGAAUUUGGAACUACAGGGGAAAGAACAAGUAAAUUGUCAGAAGAAAGGUGAAAAGAUUAAGGAAGAAGAAGAAAAGGAAGCAACCGAAUCCUUGCCAAAACCAGAUGAUCGAGCAAAACCUUGUAAUCGUGACAGAAAGCGCGGCCAGAAAAGCCGAUCCAUGGUGCCUUUCAGUACCAGCAAACAAGAUGGCAAGAAGGAGAAGGUUGAAAACAAAAGGCGCUGUACCAGGCGGCAUUCAGCAAGAUUCGAAUCGCAAGAGCCAGAACCUCCAGAAAACUUGUUUGAGAUUGAAACUGCUCAGUUUCCCAUUAGCAAGCCCUUCGACAAUAACGAAGAUACGGAAGCUGCUCCAACCUUAUUCCUGUCCUCCUCCAGCAAUAGUGGGGGAGUUAGGGAAGAUGAUUGUGCCUCAGGAGUCGAAGAAAAACCAUCUAGAAAAUCUUCAAUCGGUCGACCAUCACGCAGAGCAGCCGAGAAGGUCCAAUCAUACAAAGAAAUCCCGCUCAACAUAAAAAUGCGAAGAUCAGGGUAAACAGGUACUCGUUUUGUAUGAUAUUAACUUGUGAGAUUCUUAGAUCCUGCGGUCAUAUUUUUAUUGCUAACAAGGGGUUCCAUCCUCGUGGAAGCUGACGACGGUCAGGGUCACAAAAUCUCUUAUGUACUGUGAGUCUACGAAUCGUUAGGAGCUUUGUUUAACAAGGAGUUCCAUCCUCAUUGCUGAUCUACUGUUUCGUAUAACAUGAUUUCUGAAUUCAUUG